CGAUUGGGGUUUUUGUUAACUCCGCAGCUAAACCCAGACAGUGAAUUAUUUAACCCGAUCUGCGUCAAUUAAAUGCUCCGCCUCCUCCACCUUCUCCGGCCGACCGCCAUGUCCAUCGCUGCCGCUUCAAUAGCUCCACUGCCGUCUCUCUCAAUCAGGAAUUCUAGAUUACCAAUCCGCCACAAUCCAGUGCUCAUCAAUCGCUAUUUUCUCGCUGCCAGUCCUCUCUCUUCCAGCUUCCCCAAUGCCUCCGUUCGCUGCUUCUCCGCCGCCGCCGAUAAAGUUCGAGUACAGAAUCCUAUUGUCGAAAUGGACGGUGAUGAGAUGACGCGAGUGAUAUGGACAAUGAUUAAAGACAAGUUGAUAUUUCCGCACUUGGAAUUGGAUAUAAAGUACUUCGAUUUGGGGAUAUUGAAUCGUGAUGCUACUGAUGAUAAGGUUACAGUUGAGAGUGCAGAAGCUGCACUUGAGUACAAUGUUGCUAUAAAAUGCGCUACAAUUACUCCAGAUGAGGGCAGAGUCAAGGAAUACGGGCUAAAAAGUAUGUGGAGAAGCCCCAAUGGCACCAUCAGAAACAUAUUAAAUGGGACUGUUUUCCGUGAGCCUAUUUUGUGCCAAAAUAUUCCCAGAAUUGUUCCUGGCUGGAAGAAACCCAUUUGUAUUGGCAGGCAUGCCUUUGGUGAUCAAUAUCGUGCUACUGACACAAUUAUAAAAGGACCUGGGAAACUUAAAAUGGUUUUUGAGCCCGAAAAUGGGGAUGAAUCUGUAGAACUGGAUGUGUACGAUUUUAAAAGUCCAGGAGUUGCCCUUGCCAUGUACAAUGUCGAUGAGUCUAUUAGAGCAUUUGCGGAAUCAUCCAUGGCAAUGGCAUUUGGGAAAAGAUGGCCUCUCUACUUGAGCACGAAGAAUACCAUCCUGAAGAAGUAUGAUGGCAGGUUCAAGGAUAUAUUUGAGGAGGUAUACGAAGAGAACUGGAAGAAAAAAUUUGAAGAACAUUCAAUAUGGUAUGAGCAUCGAUUGAUUGAUGACAUGGUGGCUUAUGCGAUGAAGAGUGAGGGUGGAUAUGUCUGGGCUUGUAAAAACUAUGAUGGAGAUGUACAAAGUGAUUUACUCGCUCAAGGAUUUGGUUCUCUCGGGCUCAUGACUUCCGUUUUGUUGUCUGGUGAUGGAAAAACAUUAGAAGCAGAGGCUGCUCAUGGGACUGUAACCCGUCAUUUUAGGCUGCAUCAGAAGGGACAAGAAACCAGCACUAACAGUAUUGCCUCUAUAUUUGCGUGGACACGGGGAUUAGAACAUAGAGCCAAGCUUGAUGGAAAUGAAAAGCUGCUAGUGUUCACCCACAAGCUAGAAGAAGCGUGCAUUGAGACUGUAGAAUCUGGAAAGAUGACUAAAGAUCUCGCUCUUCUAAUCCAUGGGUCAAAGGUAUCGAGGGAGUUUUACUUGAGCACUGAAGAAUUUAUAGAUGCUGUUGCACAAAAUCUCAAGUCGAAGCUUCAUCCCCAGGUAACUGUGUAGCCAUCUUGAUCCAUCAAAUCUGCGGAUUUUGGUAUAGCAUAACUCGCUUCUUAACUGAUUUGUGGGUCAAAAUUCAUUUUGUUGUAAAUGUUAUGUGACAUGUGAUAUGCAGUAUCUCUAAAUUUCAACCAAAAUAUGAAUGGAAUCAGUGGAAUUAUUUUACA